GGUGGCAGAACAGUAUGAACAGUAUAAACAGUGUACAGUAUAAACAAGGUGAUGGAAAGCAGUAACAGGUCAGUGUUGAUUAAGGUGAAGUGAGACAAGAAGAUGAUUGGGUUACUGUGGGAGGGGAGAGGUAUGAGAGGACACUGCUUCUCUUUCAUGCUCACUGUCUUGUUUCUGGGGACCCUGCUGACCACUUUCAUCUGGUACAUGUCCAACGACAGUCAUGUGGAGCCUCACAGACUACCUGCUCCGAAGAAAACUGAGAAAAGAGCCCCCUCUGUGUCCUCUGACAGCUGUAAUGACUGCAGUCAUGUGGAGCCUCACAGACUACCUGCUCCGAAGAAAACUGAGAAAAGAGCCCCCUCUGUGUCCUCUGACAGCUGUAAUGACUGCAGUCAUGUGGAGCCUGACAAACUGCCUCCUCAGAAGAAAACUGAGGAAAAAGCCCCCUCUGUGUCCUCUGACAACUGUAAAGGCUGCAGUAAAGUCAUAAAUAAAGUUUUAGAGCACUAUUCUCAAACCUGGACCAAGCAGGAGGAAAAUUACCUAAAUUUCAGAUCUCAGUUGCACACCAGGUGCCGUGGCUCUGACAGGGCCAUCCUCACCCAGGCCAAUGCCCCGGUGGGAUCGAAGAUUGUGUACGAUGGCGAAAAAAAGGUCCGCGAAGUAACCCCGGAGCUUUUCAGAACAUUUGUGAAGGAGUCUCCAUUUUCAAAUAAAACAUGGGACACAUGUGCUGUGGUUGGAAACGGAGGGAUCCUGACCAACAGCAACUGUGGAAACACAAUAGAUUCAACCCAGUUUGUCAUCAGGUGCAACCUACCUCCUUUGGAGAAUGAAUUUAAGGCACAUGUGGGCAGCAAGACCGACAUUGUGACUGCAAACCCAAGCAGUUAUAUGAAGAAAUUUGGGGGUCUAUUAGGACCGCGCCGUCCAUUUGCGGAUAGUCUCCAAAUAUAUGGAAACUCCAUGAUGCUCUUUCCUGCUUUUAGCUUUUUGGAUUCCACUCCUUCAUGCCUACGGGCACUUUACUCCAUUGAGGACUUUGAGAUCCCCAUUCAGCCUGUCUUACUGAACCCUGGGUACGUCCAGAGUCUGACUGCUUUGUGGCGCAGCAAGGGUCUGAAAGAAAUCCGGCUCAGCACUGGUUUAGUCGUGACCAGCCUGGCGCUGGAAAUUUGUACCAAUGUGCACCUGUAUGGCUUCUGGCCCUUCAGUAACCACCCACACGGAUUUCAACCCCUCACUCACCACUACUACGAUGACCAAAAGGCAAAUCACUUGCAUGUUAUGCCUUCUGAGUUCCAGCUCCUGCUGCAGCUGCACAGUCAGGGGGUGCUCAGGCUUCACCUGGGACAAUGUGGGGAACAGUAGCUCCAUGUAGUCCCAUGGAAAACUCAGAAGUACAGUGCCUUUCUUGUAUCCUCAGGAUGAAGCCUGUGAAGCCUUCCCUUUAUUUUUAAGUGAAUUGAGGAAUCUAUUUUGGCUAAAGUCAUAGAUCAAGUGUAUCCGACUGAGUUGGAUGCUGACUUGUCCAAUCUGCAGCAGCAUUGCACUGAUUACAAUCAUCUGUAAGACUGUAAAAAAUAUACUUAACCUAAACCCUUAGUGUUCCUACUAUUAUAUUUAUUACUCUAAAUGUUCAAGCUGGAAUCUGGAUAGAGUAGUUAUGCUUUUAAAGGAGAGGCUUUGUAAGGCCUUUGUCAAGGUGCUUUCGUAGUACCUUAUGUUAACUAAUUACUCAUGUGAAUUACAUAAUCGACCAUGAAAGAUUUUAGAUCAAAGUAAUUAUAUGUUGAAAAAAUUGAAAUACCUCCUCAAUGGAAGAUUGUCUGUCAUGUUUUAUGAGAACACCAGCACACUGAAUGUAUGAUUUCAGUACAAAAGCAUAUCACACAUUACCAACAAAUACUCUGACAGCUGUUGAAGGGAAAUGUGUGGCACUCACAAUGGUUUAACAAGGCAUUACAGGUGAUUUAAUAACAAAAGUUAAAUGAACAAAGGUUAUUUCAGCACCAUUUUUCAUGUGUUCCUACUUACCGUCAGCCGAUUUCACUUUAUUAAGUCCUGGUUUUAUAAAGACAAGGCUUAGAUCUUUAGAUCUUCAUACCACUCAGCUCAUUUUAACUGUUAUGAGAUAUUUUACUGGGAAUGUUUGGGUGCAUAUGUAGUUUUGUUUUUGUUAUUUGUUUCUAUUGAGUAGGUGGCUGGUGUUGAUGGUGGGGUGGCCGAGGUGUGCAGUUUAAAAUAAAUCUAUCUUUAUUUUUUGGUCACACAUGAUACACCAGUAUAUGAUACACCAAUAUGUUUGGAAUCCGAUGUUUGAAUCUUUAGUUACUUGUGAAACUGUCUUACAUUAGACAAAACUAUGGACAUCAACAAGUGUGUGUUUUUAAUCAUAAUCAUGGUUAAACUUUAACUAAUGCAGCACCAAACUUUAAAACAAGCUUAAAGUCAAGACUCAAAUAUUCAUAAUUAUAUUUCAAUAAUAUAAUCACGUGAGAACUAUAUAGUUUUUAUUUCUUACAGUGUCUCAUGUAUUGUCCCUUCUACACUAGCAUGGGUAUUUUUCUAAAUGGAUAGUUACUUUCUCUGUAUUUU